AAGAUCAAGAGGUGACAGUCAAGAUUGGACGAGGAAGAGGACAAACACAGUGUUGCUUAAAAGUUGGUGAGAAGCAGUUGCAUCACUUGCCUCCUGACAGCCUUUUACAACAAGACUGCUUUAUUGUGUGUGCCCGUCUUCUGCCAGAUCUGCAUGAGUGAAAAGCACUGAAGGAGUGAACUGAAUCUGUGCAGCCAUACUGUUUGAGAAAGACAGAAGACAGUUUGAACCAUGGCAAGCCAGGCGUUUUCCCCAGAGGCUGCUUUCCCUCAUGGGAGGCGGAGGGAGAAAUGGGACCCCAGGCUUCUUUCAAGGGCAAGGACUUGAUGGCGAAAAAAAGAGAAUGUCUCCAGGCAUACAGCUGGUGGAGAACACCACAGAAGAAACGGAAGAAAAAGAACAAAAUAAAACCAGGAAGAAUAGAGUUUGUCCCUAGUAGUACUAAUACGACCAGACCAGAUUAUUCAAUAUUUGUUGGGGAGCUUACUCCAGAAGUGGAUGAUUUCCAGCUUUAUGACUAUUUCCUAAAGAGGUACCCCUCAUGUAUUGACUGCAAAAUAGCAACAGACCUGCUGGGAUAUUCCAGAGGGUAUGCCUUUGUCAGAUUUGGUGAGCAAGGUGAUCAGAUGAGGGCACUGCAAGACUGCCAGAAUGCACCAGGUCUGGGGGGAAAACGAAUCCGGCUGAGCAUAGGAAUUUCUAAAAGACUGAAAGCAGAAUUCCAGCGGUACCAGUCAUACAACUAUAACGAUUAUUACCAAGAUUAUCAGAACUACUACUCACAGUGGAAUUAUGAUCCUUAUGCUGACUACAACUACAGCUCCUAUACCCCCUAUGAUAGCAUGCAAGCUGUCGGAGAAUGCUCUUUAGGAGAUGCUGUUAUGGCUCCAGCUGUGUUUGAGGAAGCUUCAGCUAUGACUGAAAUCAACGAUGACCUAAUAACUGAAGAUCCACAGCUGUACUUGGAUGUUGAUGAAAUGAACAGACAAUUCAUGGAGACAAGUGAAGAACUCUAUGAUGCCCUCAUGAAUUGUCACUGGCAACCUCUGGAUACGGUCACUUCUGACAUCCCCUCUGCUAUUUAAGUGUCUUAUAUAGCAUGACCGUUAUGACCAAGGGAUGCUCUUGGACCAACAGCUUCUUUCUAGCGCUACCUCAAAUUAACUUGCAGAUAUAACUCACAGGGAAGAUUGAUCAUAAGGUGAUGAUCACUAUCAUUCUGCUGGAGAUAUAUAUAUAUUUGCCUUUUGUUUUGUCUCAUUUUUAAUGACAUUUAUUUAAUUUCAGUGACUCAUGUCAAUAGACUUUGUUUGACUACAUCGACAAGUAUUUCUGAGUCAUGAGUUUCAUUAAAGGCAUGUCACCAUAUGAAAAUUGUUCUAAAUAAGUAAAAUGGAAGUAAAAUAAGUAAAUAAAGAAGCACUUGAAUUUACAGAGCAAA